GUCAUUACUGGAGGUCAUUAUGAUGUUGACUGUCGGUUGGAAGAUCCUGAUGGCAUUGUAUUGUACAAAGAGAUGAAGAAACAAUAUGAUAGUUUCACGUUUACUGCAUCCAGAAACGGAACAUACAAAUUCUGCUUCAGCAACGAAUUCUCUACUUUCACACACAAAACUGUGUACUUUGAUUUCCAGGUUGGAGAAGAUCCGCCACUGUUUCCUAGUGAGAACAGGGUAACUGCACUUACCCAGAUGGAGUCUGCGUGUGUUUCAAUUCAUGAAGCUUUGAAGUCUGUCAUCGAUUAUCAGACUCACUUCCGCUUGAGGGAAGCUCAGGGCCGCAGCAGAGCAGAGGAUUUAAACACGAGGGUGGCCUACUGGUCAAUAGGGGAAGCAAUCAUUCUUCUUGUUGUUAGCGUCGGGCAGGUGUUUCUCCUCAAAAGCUUCUUCUCAGAUAAAAGAACCACAACAACCCGUGUUGGAUCAUAACUGGUAGUGGUAAUGCUUCAGAUCAUUGUGUGCUACUCAUCUGUAAAAAUUAACUCUUCUCCAAUUAAUUGUAGGUACAAAAGAUCUGAAUAUAUGCAACAUUCAAAUGUGUCUGUUCCUCAUCCCUUAAAAAUCACAAAACAGACCCCAAAAAUUAUGAGACACACAUG